UAUUCCAUUUUCGACACACUACACCACCAUCACCAAAACCUUCAACCAAAUGGCAGCUCUAAAUUUCAUAAAAAUAUCUCUCAUCCUCACCAUUUUAAUCUCAUUUCAUCACUCCAAUGCAAAACAAACCCUACCUUUUUCAUCAAGCAACCUCAAAAACUAUCUAACUCAAUCCCAAGAGCCACUACUCAAACUAACCUCCCCCAUGUUUCUCGCCGGAGUUCUCUGCUUUGCCGCCGCAUCCAUAUCCAGCGCCGGCGGUGGCGGUUUAUUCAUUCCGAUAUUAACUAUAUUAGCCGGUCUAGACUUAAAAACAGCUUCAAGUUUUUCUGCUUUUAUGGUCACCGGUGGAUCUUUAGCUAAUGUGAUGUGCCAUUCAUUUAGUUAUAAAUUUGGUGGGAAAGGCUUGAUUGAUUACGAUAUUGCCCUUUUAUCAGAGCCUUGUAUGUUGUUAGGAGUUAGUAUUGGGGUGAUUUGUAAUUUAGUUUUUCCUGAGUGGCUUAUUACAAUUUUGUUUGUGGUGUUCUUGGUUUGGUCUACUUUUAAGACUUGUAAGAAUGGGGUUGUGCAUUGGAAUUUAGAGUCUGAGGUGAAGAGAAUUGGUUAUGAAAAUGUUGAAUUUGGUAAGGGAAUUAGUGAGGAGAUUAAGGUUAUAAAUGAGCCACUUUUGAAGAGGGAAUUGGAGAAUAAAUUGAGUUUUAGUUGGGAGAAAUUGGUGAUUUUGGUUUUGAUUUGGCUUUCUUUUUCUUUUGUGUAUCUUCUUAGAGGCAAUCGUUAUGGAGAGGGCAUUGUAGCAUUAAAGCCAUGUGGAGUAGGCUAUUGGGUGGUCUCAUCACUUCAAAUUCCUCUUGCAAUAAUCUUCACAGCAUGGAUCCUAUUCAAGAAAAGCAACUACCAGAAUCAAACUGCAAAUCUGCAGGGCAUGGAUGAGUCUGCACAAAGCAAGCUCAUGUUCCCAAUGAUGGCACUUUUAGCAGGAAUGUUAGGUGGGGUUUUUGGGAUUGGAGGUGGCAUGCUUAUCAGCCCACUUCUUCUUCAUGUAGGAAUACACCCUGAGGUAACUGCAGCAACAUGUUCUUUCAUGGUUCUGUUUUCAUCAACCAUGUCAGCAUUUCAGUAUUUACUAGCAGGAAUGGAGCACAUAGACACAGCUCUUAUUUUUGCAGUCAUAUGUUUUGUUGCAUCACUUGUUGGAUUACUGGUAGUGCAGAAAAGUAUACAAAAAAAUGGCAGGGCAUCUAUAAUUGUGUUCUCUGUUAGUGUUGUGAUGGGUUUAAGCACAAUUCUAAUUACUAGCUUUGGAGCUAUUGAUGUUUGGAGAGAUUUUGAAUCUGGGACUAAUAUGAGCUUUAAACUCCCAUGUUGAACCAAAAACGAGACGGUAUCGGUUAAAGAAUGAAGCAUAACAGCAAGUUUCCGACUUCGCUCUGAGUUCCUCAGUCGGACGAUUGGUUAAAAGAAGAUUAUCAAAAUGCCUAGGAGAUUCGUUAUUCAAAGAAUUGUAUGUGUGACCUUUUUGUAUUUGAGCGUGUCAGAGGUUAUACCUCGAUUUUGGUAAUUUUGGAUGAUAAUCAAGCAACUGUGACGAUUUUAAAAGAAUCUAAAAAUGCUAUUAGGUUCUUAAAGACAGUUUUUGUAAUUGAUAUUGAAAUAAUGGAAUUUGCAUCUAAAAAUUAUGAAA